UUGUGAUCAAUAUAUAAAUCCGAGGUGCGUAACAUUAAAAUGUGCCACAAUUUUAGCAGAACACAGAAAGGAUUCUGUUUUCAUUGAGGAUCAAUUAAACGAAACUGGUGCACUUGUCAAUGUACUUUGGUUGGGACUCAACUUCAGAAGUACAGUCAAAUGGCUUGUAAAAGAAUACACAAAACGAUAUCCAAAAGGAUCCAAGAGAAUCAUUAUUUUACACUGGAACUCAUCUGAACUAAUUAAUAAUCAGGAAAAUUUUGCAAAAAUUGUAAUGCCAAAGUGUGAAUAUUUCGAUCCUGUACGCAAAACAUAUUGCAAAUACAAGGAUACUCGCAUUGUAAAAUAUUAUGCAAAAAGCUUGGAAUAUGACAAACGACUAAUUUUUGCAAUUAAAAAAUUUUAUUUGAGUGAGGGCGUCAUAGAAGACAUAAGGGAUGAAUAUCAAAGUAAUAGUUUUAACGACAUAAAUAUAUAUAGCAAGGUGGCUUGUAAAUGGUUGACCAAACACGAACAUUUGUAUAAUACUUGGAAGGAAACUUAUGCAGACACUAAUUUAUCAAUCGGUGGUAUAUUUCCAAUAAAUAUAACUAAGAGCGGUUAUGAAGACCUUCAUAAGGUAGCAAAAUUGGCGGCUAUGGCUGUUAACAAGGAACAGUCAAUAUUACCUGGCUAUAACUUGCAAAUACUAGUAAAUGAUGGACAAUGCAAGUCUGCCAUGGUUUUGAAAGCUCUUAUACACUAUUACACGGAACCAAAUAUGUUGGGAAUUUUAGGUCCUGCGUGUAGUGAAACAGUGGAACCAUUAGCUGGCAUUGCUAAACACAUGAAUAUGAUGAUAAUUUCCUAUUCGGUGGACGGAAUAAACUUGGAUAAUCGUGAAACUCACCCUUACUUUUUUCGUACAAUUGGUUCAAAUUUGUUAUUUGUUGAUGCUUACCUCGAAAUUAUGAAUUCAUUUGGAUGGUUACGAGUUGCCUAUUUGACCGAUUAUGCCAAUAACCAUUUUAUUGUAACAUUGGAAAGAAUAUUAAAAUCUCGAAAUAUAAUACUACUUUCAAAUCAAAAAAUUGCUGUGGAUAUUAAACUUGUGGAUAUAAAUAAGCAUCUUAAAAAAUUAAAAGCUACACGAUCUAAGAUCAUAAUUGCAGACUUACAUAGCGAAAAUGCACUAAAGACAUUAUGUGAAGCAUAUAAAUUAAGCAUGACUCAUCAACAAGACUAUAUUUGGUUUCUUCCCCAUUUGCUUUCAAAAGAUCGGGAUAUCUGGAAAUCUGUUAAUUCUAGCUGCAGCGUAAAACAGUUCGAAAAAGCAUUCGACAGCCAUUUUAGUUUAAGGUUCACUCCAUUUGGAAGUCCAAAUUCACCGAUGCAAGAAAUGAUCACAGUUAAAGAUUGGAUGGACUCUUACAAACGCACAUAUGGUGACGAACCUUCUUAUUACGCUGGAUUUACAUAUGACGCAGUUUGGACAUAUGCUAAGGCCGCACAUAAAUUACUCUAUGAAAACAAAACCAUAUUUAAUAAUUUAAGAAAUCCCGAAGUUGUUAAAAAUCUUGGUGAUCUUAUUCGGCAAACUAAUUAUAGAGGCUUGUCAGGGAAUGUAUCAUUUGACAACGGAGAGAAAAGGUACGGAUCACGUAUUAUUGAAUUGGAUGUAUUGCAGUGGAGAAAUAAUAGUUUUAAUAAAGUAGGUAUUUUCAAACCAGUUUUCAAAAUUAAUGACACUUAUAGAUACACAAACGGGGGGGAAUUGUUUUUAAACUUCUCAGAAAUUUAUUGGGCUAAUGAUAGGAUCCCAGAAGACGGUAGAUUUGAUUGCAACCUAUCAAUAUUGGCAAGAACUUUGCAUGUAGACUGCAAUAUUAUGAAUACUUUUAUUUUGAUACUUAUUUGCUUAUUUACAUUAGCAUUUAUAUUUUUUGUAACGUUUUGUUUUUGGAGGCAACUGUACAGUCGUAAACUGAAACGUUCGGCAGAGAUUAUGAAAAUGUUUGGAAUCGACUUGUUAUCUCCAUCAUUAAAUAAAAAUAAUACUUUAGACAAAUGGGAAAUACCAAAAGGGAACGUGGUAGUUAAUCGAAGUUUGGGGGAAGGCGCUUUUGGAAUGGUUUAUGGAGGGGAGGCACAGCUUUCUUCUGGGAUCUGGACUGCUGUAGCCGUCAAAACAUUGAAGUCUGGCCAAUCUAUGGAAGAUCGUAUAGACUUUUUGGCAGAAGCAGAGGCCAUGAAAAAAUUCGACCACAGAAAUAUUAUUAAAUUACUUGGAGUUUGUCUGCAAAGUGAACCCAUUUAUACAAUAAUGGAGUUUAUGUUGUAUGGUGACUUAAAAACAUAUCUAUUGGCGCGUAGAAAUAUGGUUAAUGAUAAAGUGCCUGAUGACUGUGAUAUUUCAGCAAAGUAUCUUACACUCUAUGCAUUGGAUGUGGCAAAAGGUCUCGCAUAUUUAGCAGAACAAAAAUACGUUCACAGAGAUAUUGCUUGCAGAAAUUGUCUUAUAAAUUCUUAUCGAGUGGUUAAAAUCGCUGAUUUUGGUAUGGCUCGUCCCACAUUUGAAAGUGACUAUUAUAAGUAUAAUCGAAAAAGUGUUCGAAAACUUUUUCCAGUUCGAUGGAUGCCUCCAGAAACACUAACCUUAGGAUUGUUUACCCCUGCUUCCGACAUUUGGUCAUUCGGGAUAGUAGUCUAUGAAGUGAUAUCUUUCGGUUCCUAUCCUUAUCAAGGUCUUACUAAUUAUCAGGUGUUGAAUUACGUUAAAAAUGGCAACACCCCGCAGAUACCUUUAGGGAUAAAGCCACAACUAGAAGGUCUCCUAAAGUCUUGCUGGAGUCAGGAUGCUUCUAAACGACCAACGGCAAAAGACAUCGUCGAGUAUAUAUCAAAUUAUCCUCGACUCCUAACGCCUACUCUUGAAUUCCCUACCGCAGAAAUUGACAUACCGGAAUAUCAAAUUCAUCAAAAAUCCACAGUCUCGUCUACUAACAUUUGUGAGACCAUGCCUAUUUCUAAUUCUGAAUAUUAUUCAAAAAUUACUGCCGAUGGCUAUAGCAUAAUGUCUCCAUUAUUAAAAAGUUCAUAGAGUUCAAAAAUGUGUUUUCAAAAUUAUAUGUUUUUUAAAUAAAACCAACAACAGCCUUAAAGCCUAAGAGUGUAAAGGGAAUUGAAAUUAAUAAGAAACUUCAGACAAAUGUGUUCAACUGUUGUUAACCACAUUAAUGAUACAACACGAUUUUUCAAUGAAACGUCCAGUCUAAAUGGGCUAAAGCAAUUAUUCUGAUCAACUCUAAAAGUAAUUAUUUUAAGAUUAAAAGUGUAUUCAAAUACGAUUUUAAGUCUGUGGACGAGUGAGAUGCGGAUUGCCAUAGUGGACCAGGAGUUUGCAAAGCAACGAAGAAGACAUUUCCAAAAUGCAUAUACAUUACAGAUUAGAAUUUAAAGCCAAGCUAUUGUCAUUUGGUCACCUCUGUAUCUGCUUCAAAGCGAUCAAUUUUUUUCUAAGUGAACCUUUAAAGAUUCUUCUUACUUCCAUACAUACAUACAUAAGUCAUAUCGCUACAAAAAGAACGAUAGGGAA